AUGGCCGUCGUCACGGAGUACCGCUUCGUGCCGUCGAUCAUCCUCCUGAGCGAGCGCCUGCGCAUCCCGAAGGACGUCGCCGGCGCGACGCUCGUCGCCGCGGGCGCGUCGUCGCCGGAGCUCUUCAGCAACGUCAUCGCCAUGUUCAUCACCAAGUCGGACCUCGGCAUCGGCACGAUCAUCGGCUCGGAGAUCUUCAACCACAUGAUGAUCCUCGCCGGCGUCUGCGCGUCGCGGACCACGCCCCAGCGCCUCGACCGGCUCACGACGAUCCGCGACAACUUCGCGUACGCGGCCGCGCUCGGGCUGUUGCUCGCGGCCGUCGCGGAC